AUGGCUGAAACUUCGCGGGGAACUGGAUCGCCACAGCGACAUCGUGUUGGAGAGCACUGGAGUGGUGCCAACCCUGUUCCAACGGUUCAAAAAUUUAUUGAACAUCUUGACAACGACAAGAAGGAGCGUGAUCUCCGAAUUGAUGAGGAGAAACGACAGAAUGAUGAGAGAGAGAGAAAGCACCAAUGGGAGGAUACUCGUGGGAAACAGCAUAUUGGUCAUGGAGAUCCCGUUGCCCAUAAGGCUCGCAAGGUCUCCAAGGCCAAAAUGCACACAGUGACUGAUCCGACAACUGGUAAAGACAUUGGAGUUGAGGAUCAGGACGAGACUGCUAUGGAGUCCGUGAAGAAUCCUAUGUUGACGGUUCCAAAUGCCAAUCUCGGAAUGCCGACUGACGUGCAAACCCGCCAUGAUCAAGAACUCUCAGAGUACAAAGAAAAGCAGGAUAUUACUGCGCCUCCCGAUCCUAUCGCCGAAGGAACAACGUCCGAUGUGCCCAUUCGUGGCGAGAAAACCAAUGUGCUCUUCCAUCCUACCCCGACAAUCACAUAUGAACCCAUGUUCAAGGAAUUGGAAAAACGGGCAACAGGAUUAUGCAUCGGUAUAUGCGUUGCUAUCAUUGUUCUUGGACGAUUCUUUGGUGGCUCCCUUUGGGGCCUUAUCCCAUUGGGUGCAUGUGUUUCCAGUGGGGUGUGGUUAUGGGUACAGGAGGUGAUUAGAACUGGCAAAGACAUGGAAUGGAGCAGUGAACAGCUGCGUGGGCAGACCGCCACUGCGAACCUUCUUCCAGAAUCUGUGGAAUGGAUGAACUCUUUCCUCGGCGUAGUUUGGGGUCUUAUGAAUCCCGAGAUGUUCACCCCAAUGGCCGACACAAUCGAGGAUAUCAUGCAGGCCUCCGCCCCAAGUAUUGUUGAGAAUGUUCGCAUCGCCGAAAUCGACCAGGGCAACAACCCAUUCCGUAUUUUGAGCAUGCGCGCCCUCCCGGAUGGACAUGUACAAAACCUCAAAGACAACAUUCACGAGUCGAACUUGAAAAACAAAGACCCCCAGGAAGCCGCUGCUACCGAGGAAGGGGGCAGUUAUUACAAUAUGGAGGCUUCAUUCGCCUACCACGCCAAGCCGAGCGCCGGAACAGCUUCCUCGAAGGCACGCAACAUGCAUAUGCACCUUGUCUUUUAUCUCGGUAUCCGUGGAUUAUUCGGCAUUCCAUUUCCCGUCUUCGUCGAACUAAUCGAGCUAGUCGGUACCGUACGACUCCGUCUCCAGAUGAUGCCCGAGCCUCCCUUCGCGAAGGAUCUCACUUUUAGUUUGGUCGGCAUUCCCCAUGUCAAAGCUGGUUGUGUACCCAUGGUCCGACGCGGUGUCAAUAUUCUCAACCUACCUCUCAUCUCCAACUUCGUGAAUUCCGCUAUCGGUGCCGCAUGCGCCAUGUUCGCGGCGCCCAAGUCCAUGACUAUGGAUCUAAGUAUGAUACUGAAGGGCGAUGAUAUCCACAAGGAUACUAUCGCGCUAGGUGUAAUGUGGAUCCGCAUUCAUCGGGCUAUUGGUUUAAGCAAGCAGGAUCGUCGCGGUAGCCAGGGUGGCGGUAGCGAUCCUUAUAUCAACCUUUCAUUUUCCAAAUAUGGAAAGCCUAUGUACUGCACUCGUGUGAUCACGGAUGACCUCAAUCCCAUCUGGGAAGAAACGGCUGCUCUCCUGGUAACGCCAGAGUUGAUCAAAGCAGAUGAGAACCUGAGCAUUGAGCUCUGGGAUUCGGACCGUAAUACUGCGGAUGAUAUCGUGGGGAAGGUUGAGCUGCCUAUCCGGGAGAUGCUUCAGCACCCGGGUCGGAUGUACCCGCAAGUAUCCAAGCUGCAGGGUCUUGAUGAGGGUAGUGAGAUGCCGGGUCAGUUGCAUUGGGAGGUUGGGUACUUCGGGAAGCCGAAACUGCGUCCUGAGCUGCGAACAGAUGGCAAGAAGAAGGAUCUGCCUGAAAAUCUGAAGGGAGAUCCUACUUUCGAGGAUGAUAAGGGAACUAUUAAUAAUGAGGAGGAAGAUGCCGUUGUGCAUACACCUCCUGAUCCUAUCUGGCCAAGUGGUAUUGUGCAUAUUGUCGUGCAUCAAAUUGUUAACCUCCAGCUUGCCAAUAUCAAGGGCAGUGAUGGAAACCGCAAGGGCAAGGAGUAUGAGCCCGCAAAGCCUUCUGGUGAAAAUACGGAAGAACAAGGCGAUAAUUUGCCUACGAGCUACUGCAAGAUCUUACUCAACGAUCAGCUGAUCUACCGCACACGCGCCAAGGCAGUGAGCUCGAAACCAAUUUUCAACGCCGGAACAGAGCGUUUCGUCCGCGACUGGCGUUCCGCCGUCGUGACAGUCACCGUACGAGACCAACGGUACAGAGAGCACGAUCCGAUCCUCGGUGUAGUGCCGAUCAAACUAUCCGAUAUCUUCCAAACUAGCUCCCAAGUCACACGCUGGUACCCUCUCGACGGCGGCAUCGGCUUUGGACGUAUCCGUAUCUCCGUUCUCCUUCGCCACGUUGAGACCAAGCUUCCACCUACCAUGCUCGGCUGGGACGUGGGCACCUUCGAAUUUGCCGCAAACCAAAUCGUUGCCAAGGACUACGGCCAUGUCUCCAAAAUCAAGAUGCGUACCGGCGGCAGCACAGGCAAGAUCCCACGACACAAGGCACGAAUGGAAGGCAACGACGUAGUCUACGAUACAUCCGACUCAAGCUUCUGCGACACACUCCGCCUACCGGUGAAGCACCGCUACAGAUCCCCCGUCGUCUUCGAGUUCCACACAAAAGGUAAACGCGGUGCAGCAGCCUACGCCGUCCUCUGGCUACAGCACCUUGUCGACAACGAAACCACUGAGAUCGACCUCCCAAUUUGGACAACUAAGAGCGGCGCCCGACUUACCCAGAACUACAUCACGGAAGAGAACUGGCGCGCAAAAGAAGUCCCGGGGCUCGAAGACCUAACCACAGUCGGCCGACUGCAAUUCCAAUGCCGCUUCUCACCUGGUAUCGACGAGUCGCACGAACAGUUCGUAAUCGAUAACGACUCCCGUGAGACGUUCGAAACAUGGGAAGCGUGCGUCUCACAAGGUGUCCGCACCCGCAGCGUCUCAAUCGAAGUCCCGGAAGAAGUCCAACAGAAACACGAACAAAGUCUCAUCGACUCCCGGGACGUGCUUAAGCACGCUUCUCCCGAGGAACGUCGACAAUGGAUCGAUCGUGAAGGCCAUGACUGGAGUGGUGCCUUUGGGCACGAUCCGCGCGCGUAUACUGAUUCCGUAGGCCGAAAGGUCGCGGAACCGGGCCAAGAUGAGCCGCCUCAUGAUCCUGUUACACCACCGCCGCUGAAGGGAGAGCCAUCUAAGCACACAGGCUCACGUGAUGAGAAUGAGCAUGAGAAUGAUGAUUCUGACUCGGAGGAGUCUGAUUUAGAUUCUUCGUCGAAGGGUCCAUCUACUGUUAGUAUUAGUGCGACGGCGAGUUCUUCGAAGAGUAUGGAUCACACGAAUAAGGCCAAUCGGAGGAGUGAGCAGAGGCAGCAGAGAGGGCUGAUGCAGUGGCGACCGGCUAGAAAUGCGGUUUUUCUCAAGGAUGAGGCCUCUUUUGCGUUCAAAAAGAUGAAGAAGAAGGUUGGGGCUAGUGGGCUUACGGGACGUGAGCCGGAUGUUGAGACAGAGACAUGA